AUGAACUGCGAGAGAGGCAUGACGCCAGUGCAUUGUUGUACUAAGUUGACUGCUUCACUUUGUUGGCUGUCUGUCUCAUUGUUGACUGUCUCUUAGUCACGGACUGUUAACGUCUUGUGUGGCGAGAAAGGUGAACAAAGGUUUAAUCGUAGGCCGUGAAUAUUGUACUCAGAUAAUAUAAUUUAACCACCAGGAAUAUUUUUGUCAUAAAAUUUUCGUCGGGAUGAAGAAGUUUAUUCGCUUUAUCAAGUCAAAAAUUAAACGUGGCAACGAAGAGUCGGAUAACGUUGGAGCCUGCAGUCAACGAGAACCGAAACCCUCUGGACUGCACAUCACGGACUUGCCGCCAGUGGUGCUGGCUCGCAUUUUCGAACAUUGCUCUUACGAUGUCUUGGCUAGACGAGUGAGGCUCGUGUGCAAACGAUUCUGUGAAGUCGCCACCUCAGUUCUCAAUCGCGGGUUCUCGACCUUGGGUCAGAAGAUUGAUCGAGCAAUGGUGGAUGCCGUGUCUCAUUUUGAAGAAGGUCGAACAUUGGAAGAACUUCUGGUAAAGAAUUAUCCUUUCACUCUAGCUACGCAGGAUGUCUUGCCUAGUAUAGGACAAUGUCGAUCAACUGAACAACAACUGCUAAUGGAUCAACAUUACAUUGCACUGAUGUUAAUGAAGGGUCAGUACCGCGAGUUGAGAGCCUUCAACUGGAGACACAUUUACAGCCCUCACUCCGGCUCUGGACAUCCGGCGUGCUUCUACGCCGGCAGUUUGCUGGACGACUUCCUCAGGUUCCUGCGAAUAGCCCACCAUUGGCCAAUCCACUUGGGGUUAGCCAUGCUUAACUCAAGUGAGAAAAACGAAUUCCCCAAACUCUGUACUCGGCGCUUCAUAUUCACGAAACACUUCGAGAAAAGAACUAAGACAUUUAAACGCGAUUAUUCCAUCUCUGGGGCAAAGCUUAUUGACUUCUGCCAUAAUUUGACAAGGAAAUAUGUCAGGAUGAUCCCACAUGAACAGGCGGUGAUGGUCAAUGGUACGGAAUGCCACAUCGAGGCUCAUUAUAGGAUGCCUUACACGUGGUUAAAUUUCCUACCUUCUUCUCAUGCUCAACCUAAUCAGUGGAGCGAAGAUCCGAGAUCUAUAUAUCUGCGAAUGCGCCAACUAAUCAAUGGCAGGAACCAUUUCUUCCUGGAGGAGGUUCACCACGGAAAAGAAAUGCUAAUUACGAAACCACCCUAUGCGUUAGAAUUAAAAUACAUUGUACCCUCUCUUCACAACGCGGCUCACCGGAAUUAUGGCUAUUUAUUUUUUAUUGGACUCAUACGUCGGUCUGCCUUCGACGAAGAAAGAUCUCCAACCGUUCAGCUUUUCGAUUAUUUUAAUCUGGAUUUCUUUACUUUACAUAACGAAACUGAUACGUCAGACGGUGUAGUUAAUGUUCCAGAAUCCUCUAACAUGGCCCUGGAUAUUAACAAAGAACUUCACUCGUCGUUAAGACUAACACCAAUAAGAUUUUCUGAUAACUCUCUAUCACACAUUUGGAAGUCCUCAGUAACCGUGAAAGGUUAUCGCCAGAUCCACUUCAGGUGAAUCAUGGAAUUAAAUUCCUUUUCAAAAUUACUAUAAAUUGCUCUGCAUCUUUCGCAAAAGGCCUAAAUUUACGUUCGAACAUAUUAUAAACUCCAGCAAAAAUGAUUAAUGCAGAAGAAUGCUGUCUUCUGGGUUGUUCAGAGGUCCUGCAGCAAGGACCUCUGAACAACCCAAGAAGAGCCUCGUCGAGUAUUUCGAAACAUUUUAACGAGAUGUGAAGCUUGCCUGCAAGCAUAGGGAAGUCACUUUGAAUAUCUUUUGUGAUUUAAGGUAAGAACAAUUAAUGUAAUAACAUCUAUUAGUGACGAGAAAUAGUCGUAGUCCGCUGUUACUAGCAGCACUGAAGCUGAUUCACCGGUCACCCACCGGAUGAACGCGCACAACUACCGCCCACUUCAACAGAGCGCCGGCCGACCACGAAAUCCAAGCAUGACCGCAGCCUCAUAAAUUGUAGACCAGAUAGUUCGCUCUACGAUCCAGGCAGUCAACAGCCUUGAAAAUGGGCAGAGAUGGUCCUCGAAACGUCUGCGAUUGACCACCGGCUAACACGGCUGAUAGCCCGAGAAGACUUUAAGAACAACACGAUUAUUUUAAACACAA